CUAUUCUAGACAUACACCCAUUUCCUCCUUCUUGUUUAUCACUCUCUUUCUCACUCCCUUUUCCUCUCAGUCUUCUUUUGUGUUGAAAUUUGUCCAUGCCGAAACUGUUGUGAAGCCGCUGGCUUUAGACGCAUGCCGCAGCCGUGACCCUCUUGUCGUUCUGUGGGGACCGCAGGUCACAUAAGAAUCCAACACAAGCGAAACUUCUUACAGACGUUUCGCCGAGGUACUCGCGGAGUCCUGUUUUGCUGUUGGAAUCCAGCAGUUCUUUGCAGAGGAAGACCCCUGAUUGGAACAAGCUAGGCCGGCUCUCCUGUUGUCACGGUUUCCGGGUUUGGAUGAGCCUGCUGUUGUGCUGAGACAGAGCGCUGUGAGGCAGCGCUGCCCCCACCCACCCAACAACAGACCCUAACCCCCACCCGACCGGGCCAUGCCGCCCCCGGCAGACAUCGUGAAGGUGGCCAUCGAGUGGCCGGACGCCUUCCCCAAGCUCAUGGAGAUCGACCAGAAAAAACCUCUCUCGGCAAUCAUCAAAGAGGUGUGCGAGGGAUGGUCUUUGGGCAGCCACGAACACUUCGCUCUGCAGCUCGCCGACGGCACAAGAUACUACAUCACUGAGAAGAAUCGCAACGACAUCAAGAACGGGUCCAUCCUACGCCUGACCACUUCUCCGUCGCUGAGCGCCUCCCAGCUGCACGAGCGCAUCCAGUCGUCCAGCAUGGACGCCAAGCUAGAGGCUCUGAAGGACCUGGCCAGUGCGUCCCGGGACAUCACCUUCGCCCAGGAGUUCAUCAACCUGGACGGCAUUUCUCUGCUCACCCAGAUGGUGGAGAGCGGCACCGAGCGCUAUCAGAAACUACAGAAGAUAAUGAAGCCCUGCUUCGGAGACCUGCUGUCCUUCACACUGACAGCGUUCGUGGAGCUGAUGGACCAUGGCAUCGUCUCUUGGGACACCUUCUCUGUGGCCUUCAUCAAGAAGAUCGCCAGCUACGUGAACAAGUCAGCGAUGGACGCGGCGGUGCUGCAGCGAUCGCUGGCCAUCCUGGAGUCCAUGGUGCUGAAUAGCCAGGACCUCUACCAGAAGGUGGCGCAAGAGAUCACCAUCGGACAGCUCAUCCCACACCUGCAGUGCGCCGACCAGGACAUCCAGACGUACACGGUGGCGGUCAUCAACGCCCUGUUUCUCAAAGCACCCGAGGAGAAGAGACAGUGUGAUGAGCACAAUGUGGACAUCCUUAGUUGUCCCCUGACCGAGAUGGCCCAUAUUCUCGCCCAGAAGCAGCUGCGCUCCAUCAUCCUCAGUAACAUUAUCCGGAGCAACCAGCCAAUCAACGACGAGAUGGCCCACCAGCUUUACGUGCUUCAGGUCCUGACCUUUAACCUCCUGGAGGACCGCAUGAUGACCAAGAUGGACCCCCAGGACCAGGCCCAGAGGGACAUCAUCUUUGAGCUGCGGAGGAUCGCCUUCGACGUGGAAUGUGAUUCCAACAACAGCGGCAGCAUCGAGAAGCGCAAGUCCAUGUACACUCGCGACUACAAGAAGUUGGGCUUCAUUAACCACGUGAACCCUGCAGUGGACUUCACCCAGAUACCUCCGGGCAUGCUGGCUCUGGACAACAUGCUGUAUUUUGCCAAACACCACCAAGACGCCUACAUAAGGAUGGUGCUUGAGAACAGCAGCCGGGAGGACAAGCACGAGUGUCCGUUCGGGCGGAGCAGCAUCGAGCUGACCAAGAUGCUCUGUGAGAUCCUCAGAGUGGGCGAGCUGCCAAGCGAGAACUGCCACGACUUCCACCCCAUGUUCUUCACCCACGACCGCUCCUUCGAGGAGUUCUUCUGCAUCUGCAUCCAGCUGCUGAACAAGACGUGGAAGGAGAUGCGGGCCACCAGCGAGGACUUCAACAAGGUAAUGCAGGUGGUGCGGGAGCAGAUCAUGCGAACACUCACGCACAAGCCUAACUCCCUGGACCAGUUCAAGAGUCGCCUUCAGAACAUGAGCUACACUGAGAUCCUGAAGAUACGUCAGUCAGAGAGGAUGAACCAGGAGGACUUCCAGUCCCGCCCCAUCGUAGAGCUGAGGGAGAAGAUCCAGCCUGAGAUCAUGGAGCUGAUCAAACAGCAGAGGCUCAACAGGCUGUGUGAGGGCACCUGCUUCAAGAAGACCAACAACCGCAGGAAGCCAGAUAAGUAUUGGUACUGCCGACUGUCUCCGAACCAUAAAGUCCUCCACUAUGGUGAUCUGGAGGAGAGCCCCCAGGGCGAGGUGCCGUUCGACUCUCUACAGGACAAACUGCCUGUGGUCGAAAUGAAAGCUGUCGUCACGGGCAAAGACUGCCCUCACAUGAAGGAAAAAGGAGCACUGAAGCAGAGCAAGGAGUGGUUGGAGUUAGCCUUCUCUGUCCUCUAUGAGUCAGACGAGUAUUUGAACUUCAUGGCUCCAGACAAGCAUGAGUACUGCGUGUGGACGGACGGUCUGAACGCCCUGCUGGGCAAGGAGAUGACCAGCGAAUACACCAAGGCCGACAUGGACACCCUGCUCUCCAUGGAGAUGAAGCUCCGCCUCCUGGACCUGGAGAACAUCCAGAUCCCCGAGGCCCCGCCCCCCAUUCCCAAAGAGCCUAGCAACUAUGACUUUGUUUAUGACUGUAACUAAGUACACGCCCCGCCCCUCCCUCCCUCCCUCCCUCCCUCCCUCCCUCCCUCCCUCCCUCCUCUCUAGUCCAACACCUGCUGUACUGGACCCGUCCACUUUGUGUCAAACUACAACAAACGCAGACGAAGGAAAAGAAGAUAACGUGAAUAAAAAGAAAAAAAGAAUCAUGUAUAGACAAACUGUGAUCGAAAAAAAAAACAACAACAAAGAAGUAUUGGACUUUUUAUCCCUUUGCUUUUUCUUUUGCUAGAAUUUUAGAAAGAAAUGUGGUCUUUGGCUCCAGUGGGGGUCUCUCUCUCUCUGGUGCCCGUGGAGCAGGGGUCUUUUUUGCAGGGCUCCCCGGAUACUGUCGAAGUGGGGGCUCGGAGGGAUGUGUCCGUCCGGCCCCGCCCGCUGGUCCUCCAGCCCCGCUUUCCUCUUCUUCUACACUCUUUAACGAGCGUGAACUCUGAAACUCACUCGCCUCCUCAAAGGAAUACCUGCUGUCGCGUGCUUGGAAGGCAAUGGCACCGUGGGCAGAAGCCUCUACGAUGCGUUCAUGUGGAUCAAGCUGGUCGUACUGUUAUCUUGUUCUUAUUUUGAAUGUGGAAUCAUUUAUUUGGUUUUUCUCAUGCUGUGCUGAGUUGCGAGGGUGGCUCGAUAUCAGGGGUUCAUCCCUAAACGGGUGAACUAGUUCGUAUUGGAGGGUUUGAAGGAUUCCCAUCGUUCCACCUUUCUUUUCCUCGUAGUUGCAGCAGCAGACAAAGAACGCCCUCCAAGAUAGGAGAUCAUUGCUAGGCGUGUUCAUUGUUUACUUCUGUUGUUCUCCUACUCUGGCCAUAAUCCACGCAUACUGAAGACUGUUACAACCAGUGCAUUUGGACUCUGUUACCACAGGAAGACUCUCUCUGGAGUCCGGUGUUAUUCAUGUGGUUAGCACACGGCUAUGUUUCUACCAUGUUGUGCUCACUAUAAACGCACAACUGUACAAAGAGAAAUGCACCACAGACCCUGAAAGGAACACAUAUACAUGUACUCUCUCCAUCGCUUAGUUUCUCCUCUCUCUCUCUCUUGUUGAAAUGACUGCUGUAUACUCCAUUCUCAAGCAAUAUCUCACCCUGUUAGUGAUUAGUUUCCUCUCUGUCCGGUAGCUGAUGGUGAUUCAGCAGAUCUUCUACCGUGUCGACGGUGUUAUAAGAUGACGUGGUUUGAUAAAGGGAAGCUGUCCCAGCUAUUUGUUUUUCUUUUUUUAUUUAAAACAGAUCAAGGCCGUGGCUUAGACUUGGCAUAUUUUUUGUAUGAUUGAUAUGUUU